GCGAGGGGGAGCACUCGCGCACCCCUCCCCUCACCUCAUGUAAAGAGUCGAAAUGGCCCCUCGAAGAAGGAGAGGACGCGACGAGGGCGAGGACGAGGGCGAGAGCGAGGAGGAGCUCGAGAUCGCCUCCUCCUCCGACGACGACGACUACUCCGCUGAGGCGGACGAGGGAGACGACGACGAAGACGAAGGAGAAGAGGAGGAGGGGGGAGAUCGAGAGGAGGAUGUGAGCGAAGAGGGCGAGAGAGGAGGAGAAGGGUGUUCCCUUUGCCCUCCGUCGUCCGAUCGCGAGAGGAAGUCGCAGAACGUCGCCGAUCUUGUGAGAGGAAACCUUCUUGUGAGAAGGCAGCCACUUAUUCCACGAAUUCUCUCAGUUUCUGAUGGAGUAGCAAUGGUUAGAAAGCCAUUCAAACCUCCGUUCAAGAACGAAUACAGCAAUUUUAAUGAAGAACUUGCUCGGCGCCUUUUGGCACGCAAAAGGUUUGUCCCCUGGGGUUCUCCUAGGCAGCCACUGGCUCCUAUAAGCAACCUCUCACAAGUGCCUGUUGAUGUCAGCGAAGGGUCCUCAAAGGAUCAAGCUCUUCCGCCUGGAGUCGAGCCUCUUGUAUUGUGGCAACAUGAGGGACAUGAUGAAGAAAAUGGCCAAUGUACUCCAAUUGAAGUAGAUCCCUCACUCGUUCGAUAUCUUCGACCUCAUCAAAGGGAAGGAGUUCAAUUUAUGUUUGAUUGUGUUUCUGGUCUGUCCAGUGCUGAAGGUAUUUCUGGGUGCAUUCUAGCUGAUGACAUGGGAUUGGGAAAGACUCUGCAAUCAAUUACAUUACUUUAUACCCUUCUUCGACAGGGAUUUGAUGGCAAGCCAAUUGUCAAGAGGGCUCUUAUUGUAACCCCUACAAGCCUAGUUAGUAAUUGGGAGUCUGAGAUUAAUAAGUGGCUUGGAGGAAAAGUUCAGCUACUUUCGCUGUGUGAAAGCACACGUGCAGAUGUUCUUUCUGGGAUUGAAAGUUUCUUGAAACCCAGAAGUCCUUUUCAGGUGCUCAUCAUAUCUUAUGAGACAUUUCGGAUGCAUUCCUCAAAAUUCGAAAGAACAGGAAGCUGUGACCUCCUCAUAUGCGAUGAGGCCCACAGGCUGAAAAAUGAUCAAACAUUGACAAACAGGGCUUUGGCUGCCCUUCCGUGUAAUCGACGCAUUCUACUAUCAGGAACCCCAAUGCAGAAUGAUCUAGAGGAAUUCUUUUCCAUGGUAAACUUCACGAAUCCAGGCGUUUUAGGGGAUGUGGCUUAUUUCCGUCGAUAUUAUGAAACACCAAUAAUUUGUGGAAGAGAGCCAAUGGCUAGCGAAGACGAGAGAAAGUUGGGUGCUGAGAGAUCCGUGGAGCUAAGUGCAAAAGUAAACCAGUUUAUUUUGAGGCGGACAAAUGCCUUGUUGUCAAAUCACCUACCGCCAAAGAUCGUUGAGGUAGUCUGCUGCAAGUUGACUCCUUUGCAACUUGAAUUGUACAACCACUUAAUACAUUCCAAAAAUGUUAAGCGUCUCAUAUCUGAAGAAACAAAGCAAGCCAAAAUUUUAGCAUAUAUUACUGCUCUGAAGAAGUUAUGCAAUCAUCCAAAGCUUAUUUAUGACAGUAUUAAAAGCAGUAGCUCUGGAACAACUGGAUUUGAGGACUGCAUGCGCUUUUUUCCUCCAGAAUUAUUCUCUGGGAGAUCUGGAUCAUGGACUGGUGGAGGGGGAAUGUGGGUGGAAUUAUCAGGUAAAAUGCAUGUCUUAGCUCGACUACUGGGCCAUCUUCGUCAAAGAACCAAUGACCGUAUUGUCCUUGUAUCAAAUUACACUCAGACGUUAGAUCUUUUUGCACAAUUAUGCCGGGAGAGAAGAUACCCAUAUGUCAGGCUUGACGGAACGACUUCGAUUAGUAAGAGGCAAAAGUUGGUUAACCAAUUUAAUGAUCAAUCUAAAGAUGAAUUUGCCUUUCUCUUAAGCAGCAAGGCUGGUGGUUGUGGGCUUAAUUUGAUUGGUGGAAAUCGACUAGUCCUCUUUGAUCCUGACUGGAAUCCUGCUAAUGACAAGCAGGCUGCUGCAAGAGUUUGGAGAGAUGGCCAAAAAAAGCGAGUUUAUAUCUAUAGGUUUUUAAGCACAGGAACUAUUGAAGAAAAGGUGUACAAGCGCCAAAUGUCGAAAGAAGGGCUUCAAAAAAUUAUUCAGCAGGAGCACGUGGACAAUCAGAAGCAGGUAAGUUUUUUCUCAAUGGAAGAUCUGCGUGAUCUUUUCACUUUCCAUGAGCAUGUCAGGUCUGAGAUACAUGAAAACAUGAAGUGCACACGCUGUGAAAGAGAGAAUUUGACGGUCACAGAUGACAUGGAUGAUCUUUCGGAAAUAAUUGGUGACAAGGAUUCAAUCACAGGAGGGCAUCACAAUGAUGUUGGUGGAUUUGCAGAAAUUACUGGAUGCUUACACAAGUUGAAAAACUCAGAGAAACAGGUUGGAACGCCUUCUGAAGAGGAUUUAGUAAGUUGGGGUCAUCAUUUUGAUCCAUCAUCAGUACCUGAUGCUAUACUUCAAUCUUCAGCUGGUGACGAGGUUACAUUUGUUUUUACGAAUCAAGUAGAUGGGAAGUUAGUUCCAGUUGAAUCAGGACGAGGAUUAACAGGUCAGCAGUCGAAUCACCAGGAGGACUGCAUGCAAAAGGAUGAGACUGCAAUUAUUGUUCCUCAGCAAAGCAGGCUACUACCUUCAUCGCCCAGUAAAUUUUCAAAUAGUACAAAUCCUCAGUUACAAAGUUCAACCCUUAACGAGCCUACCGCAUCUAUAAGAACAUCAUUGAAUAGUGUGCGUUCCUUGAGGAGACCCAAUGCCGCUUGGGGCGAUCAAUUUUCGCUUAAAAGGAUUCAUGUUGCUACGGAUAUAUCCGAUGAUGAUUUUCUGUAGUAAUGUUUCUUUUACUGGAGGAAAUACAAAGGUAAGGGAUGGUAAAAUGGUCAGACAAGUGUUCCUUGCAAACAGCUGGAGACCGGAGUCAAUUUAUAUCUGCAAGACACAAUUUACUGCUCGGAUGCUGCUUCAGGAACAAAAGUGUUGGGAUCUGCAAGUCCUAUGAAUGACUACAUCUCUGGGGGAUUAAAGUGUGUAGCAUGAUCUGCAUACUGAAUUACAAAUGGUGUUAUACUCUCCCUGCUGCUUUUUUUUUUUGUUGUUGUGUUAUCAUAGGUUUUCAAUUAACUAGCUCGAAUAGACCUCGUGAUCGUGAUGCUUAAGAAGAUAUAUAAGAGUACCACGAUGAAUGUACAACAAA